AUGUUUACUUUAGGUGAUCUUCGUCGAAAGUUCCAGUCCUACCAGUUUCGCUUCCGGUACAAUGUUGACACGAAUGUGGACGUGCGAUCACUGAUUCUCCAGCUGGACGAUCCAAUCCGCAGCGCGUUAGAGGCCCUCACCUUGAACGCCAAGAAGAUUGGCCUCUUUGAAGACACAACUGAUAACGAGGGUGGCAGUACUCACGCCUCGCCGGCAGUUCACCAUGAUCCAGAUGACACCGGUACAUCCUUGCGUUCAGCCUGUUUUCUUGUUUCUACUGCGUUUGCCCCGAAUGUCAGCAUUAUUUACUAG